CAGGUUGCAGAGCAACUCCAACCCCAACGCACGCACGCUGAGCGUCGUCGUCGCACCGGUCAUUAACGAGGAACAACAAGAACAAUGUCGCUGGUCGCACUAUUUGCAGUUUCCCUCCUCCUCUUCUCGCAAAUUGUGGGAUUGGCGUCGGCUGGUCCGGUGCCUGUGCGUCCCUCGAUUGCUAUGCGGGAGAGGAGCCUCGUUGGUGGCGCCGAGGAGAGGGUGAAUGUGGUUGAGAGGAUGGGUGGGGUUAUGGAUGAGGUUGUUCAACGACAGAGCUCGGACGAGAAAGCGUGUAACGGACACCCUGAAUUGUGCGAUAGGAAGUACGGGAACGUCACCUUCCUUGGAUCACACGACUCGUUUGCGGAUAGCCCUCAUUUCUACGCUCUUUCGCGCACACAAGAGGUCCCGUUGGAGGCACAGAUGAAGAUGGGCGUCAGGAUGUUGCAGGCUCAGAGUCACAUGAAGAAUGGCGUCCUGCACUUCUGCCAUACCAGCUGCGCUUUGUUCGAUGGCGGCUCCGUCGAAGCUUACCUUCUCAAAGUCAAGAAGUUCCUCGAGGAGAACCCGAACGAGGUUAUGACAUUUGUCUUCACCAACCCUGAGGAACUGUCGGUCGAGGAGGUUUGGAAGCCUGUGUUCGAGAAGACUGGCAUGGACCAACUAGCGUACAUCCCGCCCCAACCCAUCAUGACGCGCGACGACUGGCCCACCCUCCGCGAGAUGAUCGAUUCCGGGCGCCGUGUGGUCGUCUUCUUGGAUAAAGGCGCUGAGAAACCUGCUGAACCUGAGAAGGAGUACAUUUUGCCGCAGUUCCAGAUGAUGUGGGAAGACCCGCAUAACCCCACUGACGCCUCGUUCCCUUGCAAGGUGGACCGAACGGCUGGACCUCUCAUGCCUACUCAGCAGCUCUACCUGAUCAAUCAUAACCUUAACAUUGACCUCUUUCCCUUCACAAAAUCCGGCUUCAGACUCCCCGACCGACUCAACUCGCCGCGCACGAACGGCCUCCAGAGUAUCGUGCACCACGCGUAUCAGUGCGCUGCUGAGGUUAUGGAGGACCGGAACCCUAAUUUUGUGAUGCUGGAUUUUGUGAAUGUGGGCUGGGGGAUGAAGGCUGUUGAGUUGUUGAAUGGGUUUUAGGACUCGGAGUCGGAUGGGUUUUAGGAUCUUGGACGAUGGGUUUAAGGAUCGGAUUCGGAUGGGUUAGGAUGUGUGUUGUGUAGGCCCUAGGGACGUUUGAAUGACAGUUCAGAUUCGGGAAGCUCUCGGCGCGACUACCGUCUCCAAGGCAUGAGGUUCCCUCGUGUUUGGUUGGAGCCAAGGUUUCUAGGCUGAUUUACCAAGAAUAAUCUCCACUUUACCAAGACCAGUACAUACUCAGUCCUCGCUUGCCCACGAACAAACUCGAAUCUACAUAUAACCAAGUCUACC